CGCAGCACAGAUGCAGGGCAUUGGGCACCAGCCGUACCGAAGAGCAGUUUUGGGUAACCAACGUUAAUUCGCAUUUUACGAUAACAUAAUGGGAAGCAUUGGUCGUAUAUGCUCAUUGAGCUUUUGAAAGCAAGCUAAAGUAGCUGAAGCUGAAGUUUGGUAUAUCUGCCAGCUUCGUUAUAAAUCCGAAUCAGAAACUAAGCAGAAAAAACAGCUUUAACUUGGCUCACGAUGCUGGCGUGUAGACGUUUGCUCUCCUGUGUGAAGCACAGAGGGACAUGGACAUCUAUAUGGAGGAACGUCACAACAUGGUCACCUGUCGGGGCUGCGUUCAAUACCAAACCUCACAGAAGACUGGACUUCUUGGAAAAAAACGUGGGGUUGUUUGGAGUGCCGGAGCUGAACUCCCCUGCUGGCUUCGAGGUUGCUACACAGAGGGCUCUGAAGGACACCCAGCGCCUGGUGGACAAUGCACGGAGUGGUCCCGCAGGACUCGACACCGUCCAGGCGUUUGACCAGCUCUCAGAUGGCUUGUGUAAAGUCGCAGACCUGGCCGACUUUGUCAAAGUAGCACAUCCAGAUCCAGCGUUCCGCGAGGCCGCAGAGAAGACCUGCAUAGAAAUUGGCACGGUAGUGGAGAAGCUGAAUACUAAUGUUGAGCUUUGCAAGAGCCUACAAAACCUUUUGAAUAACCCAGAUGUUAUGGAUAAGAUGGACCCUGAUUCAAGGCGAGUGGCAGAGCUGUUCAUGUUUGACUUUGAGAUCAGUGGAAUUCAUCUUGAUGAAAAACUGAGGAGAGAAGCAGUGAAACUUCACGUGAAGCUCUUGGAUCUAAACAAUGAGUUUCUGGUAGGGUCUCACAUGCCAAAUCGAAUUGCGAGGUCAGCAAUUCCUGAGCAUCUGCAGCUGCACUUUGCAAAAGAGGGCAGUUUCAUCCAGGUUGGGGGAUUGCAUGCAGAUUCCCCGGAUGACUUGGUACGAGAGAUUGCUUAUAGGAUUUACCUCUAUCCAAAUGUGGACCUGAUGAACUGUCUUGAAGAACUGCUGAAAUGCAGACACAAACUGGCCAAACUGGUGGGCUACGAGUCAUACGCACACAGGGCUUUAAAGGGAACCAUGGCCAAAGCCCCUGAGACGGUGAUGAAGUUCCUUCAGCUGUUAACAGACAAGCUGGCAGACAGGACAGCAAAAGACUUUCAGAUGAUGAAGGACAUGAAGAAAAAACUCAAUCCUCAUAAUUCUGAGCUCAUGCCUUGGGAUCAUCCAUACUUCAGUGGGGUCUUACGUGCUGAAAGGUACAACAUUGAGCCCAGUCUGUACAGUCCCUACUUCUCUCUGGGAGCCUGUAUGGAGGGGCUAAAUAACCUGUUCUCUCAGCUGUAUGGCGUCUCCCUGAUGUCAGAACACUCCAGUGUAGGAGAGGUCUGGAGUGACGAUGUUCGCAAACUGGCUGUGGUACAUGAGACGGAGGGGUUGCUGGGAUACAUCUACUGUGACUUCUUCCACCGGACAGAUAAACCUCACCAGGACUGCCAUUUCACCAUCCGUGGCGGGCGUCAAUGCCAGAAGACCGGCCAGUACCAGCUGCCAGUGGUGGUGCUGAUGCUGAGUCUACCCCAUCCCACCAAGAGUGCUCCCACUCUGCUCACUCCUGGCAUGAUGGAGAAUCUCUUCCAUGAGAUGGGCCAUGCAAUGCAUUCCAUGCUGGGACGCACACGCUACCAGCAUGUGACAGGGACUAGAUGUGCCACUGACUUUGCUGAGGUCCCAUCCAUCCUCAUGGAAUACUUUGCCACUGACUAUCGAGUUGUCAGCCAGUUCGCCCGCCAUUAUCAAACUGGACAGCCUCUGCCUGAGAGUAUGGUGGCCCGUCUGUGUGAGUCCAAAAAGGUGUGUGGGGCUGCAGAUACCCAGCUACAGAUAUUCUACGCCGUCUUGGACCAGAUCUACCACGGCAAACCUCAGAACCGCUCCACCACAGACGUCCUGAAGGAGAUGCAACAGAAAUUUUAUGGCUUACCUUACACACCGAAUACGGCAUGGCAGCUGAGAUUCAGCCAUUUAAUUGGCUAUGGGGCCAAGUAUUAUUCCUACCUCAUGUCCAGGGCUGUGGCCUCAAUGGUGUGGAAGCAGUGCUUCAUCCAGGAUCCCUUGAACAGGGACAUGGGCGAGCGCUACCGCCGGGAGAUGCUGGCCCAUGGAGGAGCAAAGGAACCCAUGCUGAUGGUGGAAGGGAUGCUGCAGAGACGGCCCACCAUUGAAGAUUUUGUGGACGCGCUGGUGUCAGAGCUCAACCCGAACUUUGAGACCUUCCUCAUGGACUCUGAAGGCUGAGACCUUCGCUCAGCAUGGGAACAGACUCCUGCGUCCACAAGAAAAGGAUGAAAGUAGCCAGAGAAGCAGGGCCAGGCAAGAACAACACCAUGCCAGCAGGAAACACACACACACACACACACACACACACACACACACACACACACACACACACACAGACACUACAGAUACCAGUGUGUCUUGUUAGGUCGGCGCUGUGUAUUGUAAGAGUGUGAAUCGUGUCCCUGAUAUCAGUAAGGUUGAGCUUUGUUUUUUGUUUUUUUUCCUUUUUGUUUUGUCUCCACUGUCAACUGACUACUGCAAAAUAAAUAGCAAGAUGUAAUGACUGCAUCCUAACAGACAUCAGAACAGAAUAGGCGACAUUGUCAGUGGGUUACCUAUGUCCUGCAAGCGUCUGCAUGGAUCUGUUGAUGAGUAUCUGUACAGAUGUUUUUAAAACAAUGUUCCAUAGCCCUGUUCCAUAGCUUUUAGUGUUCUGCAAUCCUUUGAGAUUAAAACACACAUUUAUGAUUUCAAAAAGAAUCAAUAAUAGUUUAUUACAAAUGAAUAUAGUGUCUAAAAGAUAUACUUUAAUAUGAAACCUUUGUGGCUUGUGGCAUAUUUAACUGACAGAUGUUUGUACAUUUCUAUUCACUGUGUAAAUCUCAUUUUUGAGCUGAUGGAAAACUGUAAUUUUUGUGUAAAGCAAAAUGUCACUGUACACUUCACUGACAGAUAAAAUUCUUAUUU